UGACAGAGUUCUUUAGUUAAAGACAAACUUCUUUAAAUUCGAAUCAAUAUAUUAAUGGUAUCUCGUAAUCAUUUACUUCUGUCGCACUUGCAGCUUUUCGAUGUUUAUCUUAUCUUUGAUAGGGUAGAAUAGUGUCUUGAAUGUUUGUAUACAGUUUGUAUUUAUGUCACAUCAUCGGUAUUAAACUGUUGAUAAAAAUUGUACCAUUGGUUUGGAGUUGGCCUUGACAGUUUGUGAAAACGUUGAUAAUCAUUUUAGAUAUUUAGGAAGUGAUAGAAAUGUUUCUCGGAAGUCGAAGAUGAUGACAUUUAAGGUUAAUAUAUGUUGCUGCGAUACUUAGUGCGUUCUAAAUGUGAUAAAAUUGGAAUCGGCAGUCGCAGAGCAGUUUAAAAAGAAAACUAUGUGCAAAAUAAAAUAUGCAUAGCUGAUAAAUGGGCCGUUCAUGGCCGGAAUUAAGUGGUAUGCUGGAUAUCCGUUAAAUCAAAAAUCCUGCAUGACUAAACCGGUACCCCUUUGCAGUUUAACAAAUCUUCAACUACGGUUUCUGUGUCCCACAGAUCUUGAUGAGGUGCGAACUCUGUGCCAGGAUUGGUUUCCAAUUGAUUAUCCCUAUUCAUGGUAUGAGGAUAUCACUUCAAAUCCAAGGUUUUAUUCACUAGCAGCAGUUUAUGAUGGAAUUAUCAUUGGCCUCAUUGUGGCUGAAAUAAAAUCUUAUUUCAAAUUGAACCGAGAGGAUCGUGGCAUUCUGGCACAGUCAUUUGGAAAACAGACAGAAGUGGGAUACAUUUUGAGUCUUGGCGUCAGCAAAGCUCAUCGUCGUAAUGGCAUUGCAUCGCUCCUGCUAGACAACCUCAUUUCUCACCUUACAACACUGGAGCAUUCAGAUUGCAAGGCAAUCUUCCUGCAUGUGCUGACUACAAAUUCAGCUGCCAUUCACUUUUAUGAGCAUAGAAACUUCAGGUUACAUUCUUUUCUACCAUAUUAUUAUUCCAUAAAGGGAAAAUGCAAAGAUGGCUUUACAUAUGUACUAUAUAUUAAUGGAGGCCAUCCACCAUGGGGCAUAUAUGACUACAUGAAGCACUACUGCAGCAUCGUGUACCGGUCCAAUCCGUGCUCCUUUCCAGUGUGGUUGUGGCACAAGAUGCAGGCAGCCCUGCAACGUGUGUGGCCUGGACUACGACGAGUUGUUGUACAGAAUACAGCAGCAGUCUUCUCAUUUUACAGCUAACACCUGUGCUUUCUCUGCAAAACAGAAGAUGGUACUACUGGUUUCACAGACAAUCCUGUGCUUAGUAGAGCUCUGAAAAUAUAUUUGGAGCUAAUAAACAUUUUAUUAUAUUUAUUUAGGUCAAUUUUAUAUGAAGUGUUGUAUCAUUAGAAUUUAUUCUACACCAAAAACUUGAAGUGCACAAAUAGCAGGAGUUGUGUAAUUUAUUCUUGCCCUCUGUUGUAGGUUCUUUUGAGAUAAUUAAAAGCUCUAAGUUAACGAAGUUUGAUGUUUACAGGAGUAGAAAAUGGGAAAGUUAUACUACUUUAAAAUUUGCUCUCUAUUAUUUCAAGUGCUCUGCUGAAUCUGAAUUGAUCAGGAUUAUCAGCAGAACAGAGAAUACCAUGAUUAAUACAGUGAAGUAAAUGAUAAAACUUUCUCUAAUAGUUGGAACUGUGAUUAGCUUAAGAGAAAAAUAAGUGAAUGUAGGCAUUGCUUUUUUUAUGACUAAGAAUGGAUUACUAAAGAAAGAGUACUGAAGAAACCACAGCUCAAAAAUAUAGAGUUGAUCUGUGACACAGUUUGAAGUAAGCAUGUUCUGUCUGCUUUCACCACUUCACUUUUAUUAUAAGGCAGAAGUCUACUACGUUAUUGAAGGGUCUAGUCAAAACUUUUACAGUUUCAGGAAAUUGACUUAGUUUUAACUGGCAGUUUUUCAUGUGGCCUUAUCAUGUUUAAAACUUUUUCUUGAGAAAUCAUUGAUUGUAUGAGGUAUCAGAAGAGAAGUAUUCAGUGUUCAUGUAAAGACUGUAUCUUGAGUAUAAAGAUGCACAUUUAAGUUGAAAAGUGGAUUACUGAGUUCUAAUGUGCAUAAAAAUAGAGUACUUGAAUUUUUAAAAAUAAUGUUAGUUUUAUGCUUACAAAGAAGAGACCAAGAAUGAUUUAAAUAUAUUUGAUUCCAAGAAAUCAUUUGGUAUCUGUACUAGACAUUUCAGUUAUAAAUAUGUUUUUAUUACAUAUACCAUGAAAUAAAAUUAUCUUCAGCAGUACCUGGCAUGUAUAUUGCAGAGAAGCCAACACAAUCCUGAAAGAAAUUAGCAGUGAAUAUUACAAAUCAGAAGUUCAAAUGAAAGCCUUAAAUAUCUGUUACCAAAUAAUUUAUUACAUACAUAACUAAUUUACUGUUACCCAUUCAUAAAAUAAUCCUAAUGAUGUGUUACAUAUAUAUUACAGUCUUUGGAAUUGGGUAGAUACUGCUUGAGGAAGGUGUUUUGUCCACAGCUGUAAUUACUCUCUAACCAUAUUUUCACCCAUUCUUUAUCUUAAAAUUAUUUUCCUCCAAAUGCUUCUUUCAGCAGUAAAAGAAAAAAGAAAUUUUAGAUGUGGUUUUGUUGUGCGGUGAAUGAAGCAUAUGUGGAAUACACUCAGAUUUUGUAUGUUGUACAGUAGCAACUGUUAAUGGACAGUAAGCACCAGAAUAUUCACUCUCAGAUGCUUACAUUGUUAAUUGCAAUUAAACAGGAAGCCUUCAUUAAUUAUCUGUCGUGUUACCAAUAAAUUUUCCUCACUUGUCCAUCAGAGAUCCUAGUUAUUUUCUAUCAUCCCAAAGGAAAAUAGUCAUCCAGUGAUGUGUUUUCUGGCAUAACCACUCAUUAUGCCUGUUCUAAUCACAGAUUUGUAUCACUGAAAUGAUGCUUUUGAAGCUACUUUUGUAAGAAGUGACCAUAUUUCUAUGCCUUUGUUGUUUCUGUGACUUUAACAACUCAUGUCAUCUCUUAGUGGGAAUUUUCAUUUCAUGUGCUUUUAAAAUUAUUCUGCACAUGUAAAAUUUUCAUUUCACUUUCAUAUUUUCAUUUAGAUAAGAAAGAAAGGAAUCACAUGCCUUUAAUUUACAGAAAGACUUCUUGUUGUAGAAGUUUCUAUUGUCAUUCUUUUCUUCCUAUUUUUAACAGAUGAAAGUAUGUUACUAUUAGCAAAUUUGUUUUGGGUGCCAUAUAAAAAAAUGACUUGAGUAUUCAUAAUUCUUCAUCAAGAAACUUACUUCGGCCUUGCUUUGUUUUUGUUGAUCACAGAUGUUGUAGUGUGAACUGCAAACAAACAUAUUUUUUUACUUGGUUAUCACCAAACGUCUUGAAGUGCCUGUCUUUCAAAUUGUUUUAUCAAAAGUAAGAUAGUGGUUAUGAAUGGAUGGAUGUGGUAUAAACACACUUACACCCAAACUAUGUUCACAAAAGGCCUCUAAAAAAGAAAUUAGUUACUUACACAACUGUUGCUUGUCAUGCACUGAUUCACAGAAACUAGUAAAUUUUAUAAGAGCCAUUAGACUUCCAGAGUUUACUAAAAGAAAUUCUUUAAGCUAAUUGUUAGUCUUUUCUGAUGCAAUGUUGUGGAUAGAAAAAUGAUGUCAAACUACAUUCCCUUUCUAUUGUAAAUAGGAGUGUGGAGGGUGAGGAAUCAUAUUUACAGAAAGUUACUGCCCCAACAUUAAUACAGUAUAUUAAGUCAUCUAAAGAAUUGAACUUAAGUUACAUCCCACCCCCUUUUAGGAGUGAGAGGAAAAAUUGAAAGAAAUUUACUUGUCAGUUGCAGCUCAAACAAAGCCAAGUGUAAAAUUGAAGUGCCAGAUUCACUAAUUAUUUAAACAAUAUGUACAGGACAUGUCUACUUUAACAUAACAGCCACUUAUAUCUAUUUUUUAUUUAGAUACUCUCCUUACCUUUUGUGUGAAAAUAAUUCUCACUGUUCCCACCAACAGCAGUGACCAUGUAGUUAGAAACUGAGAAAGUUUGAUUUGUAGACGCUGACACAGAGAGCUUUUGGUCGCAAAACGAACUCCAUGUCAGCUGUAUUCUAAUAAGAAGCAGCUUACUCAGACAACUGUUUCACAUAUUUUAUCAUAUGAUUGAUUACUAAACUUGAUCAUUUGAAACAUCACAGUUCAAGCAAACUUCAGAUAGACAGGUCAUUCCUAACCCACAUUAGUAAUAUGGCAAGCUUUCAAAAUGUAAACAUCAGCUACAGUAUACCCCAAUACAGUCAGUCACCAUAAAUGAAACCACUGUUAAUGAAUUUUCACAGAGGAUAGGAACUUAAAGGCAAGUAAGUUUCUGACAUCAGUUGCUAGAUUAGCUUUUAAAGCUAGAAAUUAGUGUAAAUGAAUUUCAUUGAGUGCUGUAUCCUUAGAGAAGAAAAUCUAGGAACUAAUUACUUUAUUAAAAAUAAUACUUAGAAAUAGUUAUUAAAGUUCACAUUUUACUUACAUUGUAAAAAGACUGAAAUAUGUAGAGAAAUACAUAACACAGCUGCACAGUUAUGACUAAAACCCAAAUGAGCCUGUGAGAAAUAUUCCAUUGUCUUUCAUGCAUGCAGCUGGGAUAGUAUUGUUUCUUCUUGAGUUGUUGUUGUUGGUUUUUUUGUUUUUUUUUCCAGCUGAUAACCUAACAGCCUUCUUCAAGACGGUCACUGGAAGAAUUUAAACCAUUUGAUGCAAUGUUGUGGAAUAAACGAACAAUAAAACUUUGUCUGGCCAAAAGUAAAACAAGCCAGCACAGAUUCUGCAUAUCCAUAGUGUUUAAGAAUUAUGUAGUUGAUUAUUAAAAAUGAUGGUAUGUAUAGAAAUAACAAGCAGUGAAGACUCUGAACAAUGAUUCCUCUGAAAGUGCAGAUAUGAAAUGACUGGUUUUCAUGAUUUUUGAAGCUCAUCUCGAUUGAGCAGGUUGUGUGCGAAUUGUAUUUACACCACUUCAUUGACCACAGAAUUGCAAUGAGUUGAAGGUGUGACCAGUAUUUUGACUUUCCAUAAUCCAUAGAAGGGUCAAUGUAAAUACAAUUGUACACCACUGAAGACUUGUUUUGCUGUGGAAGGUGGGCAUGUCAGUGGUGUUCAAUGCACAAUUCUUGUACAGUAUGUACUGUUUUUCCUUUGUACUUUUUACUACAGUGUCAAGGAAUUUCAUAUACAUUUGCCUUUCUUGAAAGCAGAUCAUAUUUCACAGAUCCCAGACGAAUUGCUGUCUUGACUGGUCGUAGGUAGCUCAUGCCCACUUUAUGCUGCUUCAUUAUUCUAUCAGUUUUUGAAGAUACAUUUCCCACAUACAAAAGAAAGGCUUUAGAUUGUAGUAAAUAACUCAGCUUGUGAAAACACUAGAACAAUCAAAAGAAGAGGAAGAAGAAAGAGGUGUAAAGUUUGCACUCUUUCCACCAUAUUGGGAAACUCCAGAAAAAGCAUAGACUGCUUCUCAUCAUAUGGAAGACUUUGAGUCAUAGACUGCCACAAUUGAAAGACUGCUAUACAUUUAAGCUUUCAGCCAAAAGGCCUUCUUUCAAAGCAGAAAAUUCACACAAGCAUAACUCAUAUACACAAGGCCACAGUCUCAGCCACUCUGGCCGGACACAGUGAUCAUGUAUGUGUGAACAGUGCUUCUGCGAACGUGGGUGUGUGUUCUCUAUUUUGAAAGAAGUCUGUUUGGCCCAAAGAUUAAAUGUAUAAUAGUCUUUUCAUUGCACUUAUAAAGUCUCCUCUAUAUGCUGAGUAGAAAUCUAUCCUUUUCAUGACAUUGUUCUAUGUGGGAAGUGUUUCAUGAAAAAUUGCCAGAGCAAUGAAAAAGCUUAAAGUGAAUGUGACCGUCCUCUUGCCAACCAAGACGGCAGUUCUUCUGGGGUCUGCUUUUAAGAAAGGCAAGUAUAUGUGAAAUUCCUUGUCACUGAUGUUAAUGGUCCAUUGAAAACCAGUGACACACCCACCUUCUACAGUGUGACAAGUCUCCAGUGGCUUACAAUUGUAUUUACACUGACCCUUCCAUGGAUUACGGUAAAGUCAAGAUCCUGGCCACACCUUCACCCCUGUGCGAUUCUGUGAUCAAGGAAGUAGUGGAAAUACAAUUAGCAGAUAACUUGCUUAGCGGAGAUGAGGAGUUCCAUCUCAAUAAACCACAGAAACCACUCAUUUUUCAUCUGUUGUCUCAGAGAAAUUAUUGUUUGGAGUAUUUGGAGCCUGGUAAUUCAACACAUGCUAUCCUUUUUAGUUAUCAACCAUGUAUUUCUUAAGAACUGUGUACCUACUAAUCUGUGUUUGCCUCGGUUUACUCUUAGACAUAAAAUUUUUUUUUUCUUUUUUUUCUGUGAUUGAUGCUGUUGUUGCUGAUUGCUGACAGUGUAAUCUCUGUCACACACAUCUUUACACCACAGCACUGUGUUGAGUGGUUUAAGUUCUGGCAGCAUCUCACCUUAUAAAGAUGGCUGUAAGAUUACCAGUCAAAAUAUCAGAAGAGCAAACAGCACUAUUCCAGAUGCUCGCCUGAAAGAUGAUGGAAUAAGCCAGUCAGAGUAAUUGUUUUAGCCAACAAACUGAGACAGUGAUAGUAGAAACAGUGUCUACAAAAAGCUAGAAUGGUGUUGGAAAUUACACAAUUUUGUUUCUGUACAUUAACAAAUUUGAAAAAUUACUCCAAUAAGUAUUUUAUUGAAAAAAGUUUUGUGUACAGUUGUACUCAAGUAUAUUUAGUAUGUGCUCUGAUGGUGUUCUUUUUUGUGAUAGAUCAUAUGGUGAGCAGCUUAUGCAACACGACCCUCAGUUGUAUUAAUAUAUAUGGGCUUGCAGGGGUGGUCUUGUUUCCCACAACAUGCAAUGUGCUAAGUUCUCUGUGUCUUUGAAGGUGAAAUGAAAACUAAUCCAUGGCAGAGCACUUCAAAAUUUCAUAGGUGUUGGCUAUAGCAUAAGAAGUCAGUUACAGCAUUUAAUAUGAAAUUUUCACACACAUGAACUAAAAACAUUAGAUACAGAGCAAAGGGAUAAGGAAGAGAUCUAGUACCCCAACAUAAAUGGAAGUAUUGCAUUCUGCAUAACUUGUUGGAACUAUAAUUGGGUCACUUCCUAUUAUUUUUCUGUCACCAAUUAUCUGCUUCCAGUGAUUCCAACGUACGAAGUGAGGUGUCUCACUUUUUCUCUUCAAAUAACUUUUGACUCAUUGAUGAUGUUUGUAAUCUCUUUUCAUCCAGAUGAGUCACGACCGGCGGCUUGUGAAAGAUAGACAACACAGUUUUUUAAAGACAUUAACUGUGUUAUUUAGUGGGCCUGUAGUGUUUCCUUCUGCCAUACAGAUUUUGUAGGUAUCACAGAAAAUUACAGGUUAAAUAUAUCUUUAAAAUGAGGAUAUUGAGCUGUUGUGAUCAUUUGAAUGCUGUAUAGUGCAGCAGUGUAUGCUACUCUCCAUGGAAAUUUCAUGUUCGACCACUAACCUUUGCAGAGGUUUAAACAUUUUUGUGCUGAAGAUAAUGAUAUGUCUCUAAAACCAACUUGCAACAAACCAUUUAAAUCUUUGUAAAGUAUAACACUCAGACAUGAGUUUGUGUCUCAGCCGGGAAGGGCAGUUUUCUGUUCAUAUAAGCUAGAAAUUCUGGUCACCAAGUCAUUCAAACAGAUGCAUAACAGAACAAAAAUCCAAACAAAAGAACUGUAUCACUGAAUUUGAUAUGUAUACAUAUGCUAUUCUAGUGGAAAAAAAUUAUAAUUUAAAAAAGAACUUUAUGUCUGUAGCUUAGUGAAUGAUGAAAUUAUGAAAAUGUCUCAAUGUUGUGUUUUAUGAGCCCCUAGUUUUAUUUGUCUACAUGAAAAGAGAUUACAGUUAUCAUUAAUGAGUCGAAAGUUAUGUGAGAUAAAGAAAAUUAGGCCCUUUACUCAGUAUACGCUGUUUCUAGCAACAGAGGGCUCAUACAGAUAUUUCUCUGAUUGGUCAGAACUGGACAUUAUUCACAAUUGCUUUCUCCGAGGCUCCUUUCAAAUGUUUUAAUGUUAAAAAUAAUUCAAAGUAAAGAAAAGAUUUUAACAAUGGAGCACCUUCAUUUACAAAUAAAAUCUGUAAUAAUGUUUCAGUACCAUGAAUGACAUUUUUCUUUUGGAUGCAGUUCUUGAGCUGUUACCUUAAAAUCAAUUUGUAGUUAAGAAACAUUGCAGAUGUUGUACAUAUGCAUUUCAAGCUAUGGAGGUUUUAGUGACAUACAUUUAAAAAGAAUUUAGGAAAUUCUUCAAUAAAACAAAGCAAAAAAAUUCUGUAUGAAUAUCUGUGUAAAAAAAGGUUGAUCAGGUGACAAAAAUCUACAUAGAAUAUGUAUACAAAAAUCGGUUCUGCUGUCCCAUUACCCACUUGUUCAUUGUCAUGGCAUUGGUUGAAGUUCAUUUCGUGUGUUAUAAGGCAAAGAAGGCAGAAAGGGUGGGAGUAGUCUUGUUUUAGAAUAUGCGUUAAGUGUUGCUUAGAAGUGUAAUUUUCUUCAUUGUUCAAAAGUUAUGUUGAGAUGGUGACUGACAGAAGCAAGAUUGUUGAGAUAAAAAAUAGCAUGUUAUUAAUUGAAAACACGUGAAGAGUAGUAAUUUGUGUAUGCAAAUAUGGACAAGAUUAGUCAGGAAGAAGAAUUUGGCAUAUAAAUGAAAGACAAAAAACAGUUAAGAAGAAGUAAGAUAAUUGACCGAGAGAAAAAUGAUUUUUAUAGCAUGAAUAUCUGUUUCGCAUAUCAGUUUUACAUUUUCUGUGUUAAGUAAGCAAGUCCUGUAUGCAAGGCAAAAAAAGUGGUGAUGAAAAUACUGGAACGUACUGAGCUUUUCAGAUACUAGCAAAUAUGUCUCAAUAAAAGAGAUAACUUGCUUGUGUUGUUACUUACAUUUGUAAUACAUAAUGUCAUACAUUAUUCUGUUUGUCAUUUGCUUCCUUAAACUGAUCUAAUGUUAUGACAUUGGACUGUUAAUGUUUCUCAUCCCCUUGCCCCCCCCCCUCCCCCCUCGGUAACCAUCCGCGCCCCACCCUCCACCCACUGCCCACCCCAAGCAUACUGGUCUCACUUCUGAAACAGCUAAAAUGCUUUGCCUUGUAUUUCUUUAAAAUAAUAAUAAUAAUAAUAAUAAUAAAUUUGCCACUGUCAGUGUGAUGUUAAGCCUAAAUCUUCCUCGUAGUUACCACACCUCUCAUUCUCAUCACUGUAAGCAAAUUUUUCAUCAUAAUGGAAUAUCAUUUUUUAUCAGAGAAAUCUUGCACAAUAUAAAGACUGUUACUGUCAUUUCCCACUAACUGAAAUCCAUUCACAUGUAUUGGUAGUAGGCUCCUUUGAUGAAAACCAGAAGUGCUAAACUAUUGUUAAGAAAUUAUCCACAUUUUGUGUUGGAGGAGAGAGAGAGAGAGAGAGAGAGAGAGAGAGAGAGAGAGAGAGAGAGAGAGAGAGAGAGAGAGAGAGAGAGACCAACAUUGUUUUACUGUCUUUAGCUUGGCUUUUGGCUCUACAUAUUAUAUGCAUUCUUCAAUAUGUACUAUUUUUAAUUUUUUAUGGAAAACACGCCUUCAGUGUAGCUAUAGCAGUGCCUGAAGUAACAAUCAUGGCACUGUAUUAUAGCAGAAUAAUUUUAAUAACUGAUUUUCUGGCAGCUUUUGCAGAUCGGGGAUUGUAAAGCGGUUAGACUGCAUAUCUAUUUUAAAACAUUGCUGUUUGCAGUUCCAGAGAUGGAUAAUGAGUGAGUCUGUUCUGUUAUACAAUGCAUAUUAUUUGACUGGUGAAUUCCUUGAAAUCUAUCUGGUUUGCCAAAAAAAAGGUGAGGAAAUUCCUUUGACAUGACAGGGUUGUACACUGUAGUUAAAAAUUUGGUUCUAUAACACUAAUGGUGAAAUUUUAAUACAGAACGUAUGUCUAGUCAAAUUUAAUGUUAAAAGAUCAAGGUCAUGGUAGAAAAUCAGAUUUAGAUUUGCAGACUUUAGUAACAAAUAUUAUACAUCUCAGGAGGGGGUAAAUAUGUGUGACAAAACAGGUCACUAGUUGUCUUGCAGAUAAGCCAGAAAACUAUAACAGGACACAUCUCAAGAUUGUUUAGCCUGUUUAUUAUCCAGUUCUGUCCAAUGCUGAAUGCUAACAGAGAUGUAAACAUUGUUCCUCAGUUUUGCCCUGACAGUUAUUAACAACUGGUGUCUUCAGUGGAAGAAAAACUGCAUGGGGGGAAAAGUGAAGAUAUGAAUCUGAGAGUAAAAUGAUAAAUUCUGGGAGAGAGGCCUAUGAAGUGUCACACAGGUUUAGGGAAUGCAAUGACACAAUAGGUGUGCGCUUCCCUUUAAGACCCAGAACACUUCUUUCCAAAGAACUAUAACUGUACCAAAAUAACAAAGAGCUUAACAGGCGAUCAUGUCUGAACAUGGCAGGGAGUUUUGUUGUUGAUCAAUUUCUCCCUGUGCUCUCAAUAUGGUUGCUAUAACAACAGUUGUGUAGUUUAGUAGUGAACCCAUUCAGUCCUAUGCUAACAUUCAAUGUUUAGUUCCCUUUGCAAGAUCAUAAUAGCCUUAUCACUUUUGUGUUAACUAUCAGAUAUAGUUUCACACAUUCUGUUAAGCAAAUUAAAUAUUCUUCCAUGGCAAAAAUAAAGACAAGUGACACUGAGAAAGUUACCAGCCACAUAUGCCAUCUACAAUUACUCUGUAUAAACCAGUAGCAGAACAAGAACGGAAGAUAUACCGUGACUAAACUAGUUCUGUUGUUAUUUGUUGCUGUGGUAGCUGUUCUGUAAGCAACUAGCUGUCAUUCACUUUGUAAUUCUGAUCCAGGUAUAACAACAACUAUAAUGUUUCAACACGUCAUUUUGCAUAAUAAGUCCUUGCUUCUUGCAUUUGCUAUUUCUUCCCUCAACGUACAAUUACAGAUGCCCAUGAGUGUAAUGUCUUUUGUUUUAAAACACUUGGCCUGUUGCCAGUAUUGCAUCAGUGAAACAGGACAUAUUCAUUGCUCUAUUGAUGCUUAUACAUACCAUUUAGUGGCACUUCCUUGGCUGUAUAAAGCUGGUUCUUUUAGUACUACCUCACUUUUCCUUUCAUAUUUCUUCCACUGAUACUACAUUCUCUACAUCAAUAAACAGCUUUCUCCCACUGAAUGAUUAAGUGAACUGUCAUAAAACAAAAAUGUUGUGUUCAACUCGUAUUCCAAUAGUUCAGAAUAGAUUUACUGUAGCUCCUCUAAACAAUACUUUUUUUUUGAAGCCAUGUCUCAUCAUUUUCAUCUUCAAUACUUGUUUGACAGAGAAAAUACAUUGACACUAGUAAACUCACUUUCCAUAUGAAAAGGCAAUGUGGCCUUUCUUUUCGAUCUGUCCUGCCAUUUUUCCUGUUACUUUAUAACAGUCCCCUCCCAUAAAAUCUAAUCAUAGAACUGUUGGAAUCUAAGAAAGUUUGACAUUUACUGUCAUAAUUAAUAAUGAUGAUAGGGACAAUAACAAUAAUAACUUUACAGACAUCAAGUAAUUUAAAUUCAAUAAGUUGAGGUAAUUCAGUGUCUUCAUCACUCAUUUAUGUGGCUAUGAAAUGAGUAAUAAACCUGUAUGAUCCAUUAAAUUUCCGCUGUGCAGCUCAAUGACUUCUCUCCUUUUCCUUUUUUUUUCUUCUUCAUCUUUGUCUUCUAAUAUUUUGGCUGUAUACCUUUCAGCCAUCUUCAGAGUGAUCCAGACGACAGAAGCUGCAGUACUCAUUCUGUUAUUUUAAACCACAGGUACACAAAUGCCAAAGAUGUUGAUUGGCAGCAAACAGAACACAUAAGUUGAAUCCAUGAUGUGCUUCCAGAAUUCAGUGGAUCAGUCAUUGCAUCAUGAAAAUAUGAAGAUGCAAAUUAACCAACAUGUUUAUUUGUUGUGAAAAAUAGGAAAUAGAGCAGCAUUUGAGGGAAUAUCAGUCUUGAAAUGGUUAUCAAAUAAAUUACUUAAGGAAUUUUGAUAUUAAUUAAUUUCCACUGUGAAUGAAUGUUCCUACAUUUGUAGCUCUUCAGUACUCUGUACACCAUCCCAACUUUUCCUCUCGCUGCUGCAGAUAUGCCCAUACUCAUCAAAUAUGUUGUCUUAGUUUGUAAUUCUCAAUCUAAAUUUUUAUUUUUGAUUUGUGCGUAACUUGUUUUUUGUAACCUUAAUGCCACUUCUUUCUACUAACGUAACUAGAACAGACAUUGUCUUUCAGUUUGGUGUAGAGAUUCCUUCUUUAGGAAAUGCUGUUAGAUUCUUGAUUCAGGAAAACUUUCCAAAACGCUGUGAGAAAGGGAAAAAAAAACCUGUCCUGUUUAUAUCUCUGUUAUUGUGCGGGACACAGUGUUUGGUUCAUUUAUCCAGAUUUUUCCCUGUGUUUUUUGUUGCUCUUCUGAUUCAUAAAGUUCAAAUUUAUAUAAGCUUUUUCGGGUACAUUCUACUGUACACUUACAAAUUAUUUUGAUAAAUAUAUUACCUUAUUUUAUCUUAAAUGAUGUUUAAUUUUUAUUUUUUGAUUGUUUUAUGUAAUUUUUUAGUGUAUUUAAACCUAAUGGCAGUUAUUUGUAAAGUAUUUGUGUUGCAUAUGUGUAAACACCUCAUCAGUGAUGAGUGCAUAAAUGCAAUAGUAAUGUUAGAAUGGAAUUAAAUAAAAUUGUGUUUUAAUUGUAGCACAAGUGAAUUGUGAUGAGGUAUAUAGUAUCAUGAUUAAAAAGGUGAAACGGAAGCAUCCACAAAAAGCAAAAACUGCCAUUUUUAUGAUUGAUUAUAUAAGCCAUAAAAAACAUUGGGAUGCUUACGAGGAACCUACGAAGAACUUGAUUAUAAAUUAAGAGCUGUAGUGCUAUAAUAAAUACUCAUAGUAAAUGUACUGUUUGUUUUUAAAAUGUUUAUGACAUUUGUUAUAUGGGUUUUGAAGGAAAAUUUAUUAUGCCGUUGUACAUCCUGUUUUCAGGAAAGUGCCAAGAUUUUGUGGUGAUAAUGUAGUACUAUUGUAUAUGAAUUUCUUGACUGAAUGUUAGUGAAGAAUUUUUAUAUUACAUUUUCAUAUGACAUAUUGUAAGUCUGUUAUGCCAAAAAUGUGGUUGUUGCGAACUGCCAUGUUAAUAAACAGAUAAAUGUUAAGUAA